AUGUCGUCCAACUUCAUCUUUAAAGCUCUCGCCAUCCUUGCGGCAUCAUCCGCAACAGUUAACGCCCACUCCUGGGUUGAAGAAGUCCGGAAAAUUGACUCCACCGGCGCCUUCACGGAUGGAAUAGGCUAUCCGAUCGGAUACUUAAAUCGAUCCUCCCCAACCUUCAGCGAUACCCAGGCCCAGAACAAGAUCCUCGACGUCAAGUCGAACCCUGCUGUAUGUAAACCCAAGGCCAACGCCUACGCUAGCCUACCUCGGCUCAACGCAUCCGCUGGAGAUUACGCCGCCAUGCUCUACCAGGAAAAUGGCCACGUCACGCAACCAAACAUCACUCCUCGACCAUACCGGGACGGCCUCGUAUAUGUUUACGGUACCCUUCACCACGAGGAUUCGGAUGGGAUCAAUGACGUCCUCGACUCGUGGACUGAGGAUGGUAAAGGUGGUAACGGUAAAGGUCAGCUUCUCGCAACGCACUACUACGACGACGGUCAGUGCUACCAAAACGCGGGCAAUAACCUCGCUAUUCCCAUUUACGCCCAGCGUAUGAAGGAGUUUGGCUUAGACGAGUUGUACUGCCAGACCGAUUUCCGACUCCCCGACAAUCUUCCUUCCGAGGGCAUCUACACGGUUAUGUGGGUUUGGAACUGGCCACUGGUUAUCUCGGACACUCAGAACACCACCGAGAUCUACACGUCUUGUGCUGAGAUCCAACUUGGCCCUGCUAAGCAAAAAGCCAAUGCUAAGGUGGAGUUCUCUAAGAACAACAAGGUCAAUAAUGCCGGCAUUGCAUCUCAGCUGGCUAAUCACAUCGAGGCUACCGGUCUGGGUAUUGGUAGAGCCUCCCCAGCGCCAGUUCCUAGUGGAUCGGCUACCGAAGCUCCGGACAGCUCGGCCUCCCCCUCCCCAACCUCAUCGUCGAAGAAGCACCACAAGCCUGGUGUUAAGACUGUUACCGUCACCGCGGAUGCACAGACUACGACUAAGUGGAAGACUGUGACCGUUAACGGCGACAGCAGCCCUAGCACUAAGUCGAAGGCCUCCAAGGCCUCCACCGUCGCCUCUUCGCCUGCGCAGCAGACUUCAACUGGAAGCGACGCUGCUCAGCCUACCCCUGCCCCUAACCAACCCGUCUCCACUGUGACCAAGUUCAUGAAAGCUAGAGCCACUGGACAAGCACGACGAGACGCUAACGACCGAUCAUAG